ACUACUACUAAUACUCUUAUUAAUAAACAUUAUGGUAAUGACAAUCGAACAAAUUGAUAUAAUUAAAGUUAGAUAUGUCGUCGUUGAAAACUCCGUAUGAAAAACAAAAAAAAAAAAAAGAAGGAAGAAAAAAACAAAAGUAAAAUAUAAUAAAAAAAAUAAAAAAGAAAUAAUCGCCCCUUAUCAUUCUAUUUAACUCUCUUCCUUCACCCUAUCCUCCUCCUCCUCCUAACCCCCCCCCCACCAACCUCACUCGCACUCUCUCUCUCUCUCUCUCUCUCUCUCUUUCUUUCUAUCCUCUCUUCAUCUUAUUCUUCUUGAUCGUCCAUUUAUUAAUCAUUGUGAUUUUUAUACUAACCCAACUUACAAAGGUCACUUCCAUUUAGAACAAUCUGCAUUGAACGAGAUUACGACCUCGCUUAUCAAACAAACACAUAAAGCAUGACAUAUAAGAACAUAUUAAAUGUCACACUGGUAGUUUAAUAGAGGACAGUACCGAGUGAGAUUUCAACGUGAGAUGAUCACUCGAAAGAUUAUUUGACGUAUACGUGUGAAUCAAAGAUUGAUACCGGAUCUAUUUGGGAUAUCACAUCGUUCGUGACGACGAAUGAUUAAUAGCAAAAAAAAAAAAAGAAGAAAAAAAAAAGGAAACAAUAAUCAUGAGUUUAUUACUCGUCGUACUUGUACUAUGCGGAAUAUUGGCGCUGUACAUUUAUUGCCGUAGGAUAUAUAGUUAUUGGGAUAAACAAGGUAUACCAGAGGCACCAUAUUAUUUACCAAUCUUUGGUCACUCCUUGCCAUUGUUAUUAUUGCAAAAGAAUAUGCGCCAAUUGGCAGCUAGUUGGUACGAUCGUUACAAGGACAACAGUAUGGUUGGUUAUUACGAUGGUGCAUUACCAGGAUUAUUGAUAAGGGAUCCUGAAUUGGUUAAAACUGUACUGUUAACGAAUUUCACGAAUUUCCCAAUGACCGCAAUGAAGAUCGAUAAAAAUUUAGAUCCCUUGUUAGCCAAGCAUCCAUUUUUUUUAAAAGGAGAAGAAUGGUUAAUCAAUAGGAAAAGAUUGACAUAUGCGUUUUCGAGUAUGCGAUUGAAAAUAUUAUCAGAUACCGUACGUAAAGUUUCCAUGAAGCUUGACGAUUAUUUGCAUAGAAAGAUCAAAGAGAAUCAAAGGAUCGAAUUUGAGACCAAGGAUCUAUUUGGUAGAUUUACCGGCGAGGUUGUCGCCAAUGCUGGCUUUGGUAUCGAAGGAUUUUGUUUCGAUGAUAAUUAUAAUCCACAAUCGUUCCAUGAAAUUGGUAAAAAGAUAUUCGAUAUAAGCUGGUUACAAAGUGCUUUGCAAUCGACAGCAUUCCUUUUACCUAUUAUAAAUAAUUAUUUAAAAAUACGAUUUAUACCGAAGGAUAUAGAUCAUUUUUUUCGAAUGAUCGUUAAACAGGUAAUAGAAAAGAGACGAAAAGAGAAUGAGAAACGUAACGAUUUCUUUCAAUUAAUGGUAGACCUUGAAAAAAGCGAAGGAGAAAAGUUCGACGAGGAAUCAUUGACGAGCCAUGCAGUCACGUUCUUCAUAGACGGAUAUGAAACAUCAUCGAUGACCUUGAGCUUCAUUUGUUUUGAUCUUUCCGUACACUACGAUAUACAAGAAAAAUUGAGGAAAGAAAUCAAACAAAUAUUGGAUAAACAUCAAGGAGAGAUUACUUAUGAUUCCUUGAAAGAGAUGACGUAUUUGGAUCAAGUGAUAAAUGAGUCACAAAGAAUAAAUAUAUUAUUGAAUACAAUGACUCGUAUAUGUGCCGAAAAGAUUCAAUUGAAAGGUAACGAUGGUUUAACAUGUACAGUGGAACCAGGUACAAAGAUUACUAUACCGCUUCAGUCGUUACAAAAAGAUCCAAAAUAUUGGACCAAUCCGGAAGCGUUUGAUCCAGAUCGAUGGAACGAAGAAAGGAAAGCAAACAUUAAUAAAUAUUGUUUUUUACCAUUUGGUGAAGGUCCAAGAAUGUGCGUUGGACUUAGAAUGGCAUUGUUACAGAUGAAAGCUGCACUUGUAACCAUAUUAAUGAAAUAUAGAAUCGAACGAAAUCCAAGGACCAGUUAUCCGGCUAAAAUCAGCACUUUUGGUAUAAUAUUGACACCUAUCGACGGGCUUUGGAUUUAUCUGACGCGUCUUUAAAA